AUGCCGUCAUGUAAAGCCUUGAACAAAGCGGCCAAUGCUGAUGAGACAACACCACGGGCCAAGAAGGCCGCUAAGAACCUCAUGGGGGCUUGGAAGAAGAAGAUCGAUUAUAAGCCUUCAUCAGGCCAUCAUCACUCUCAUCCGAAAUCGGUCUCCAGUGCGGAGUCUGCGAUGGAGAACUCGUCGAAGCCAGUGAAUGGUCAACCUACUGCUGAUGCCUCGACAACUGAUGGCAGCUGCAGCAGUAGCAGUGGAAAUACUGAUCUCACGUCUGUCAUGGAAGUAGCAAGAUGCGGUGAUCCGAAGAGAGACAAGGUCAUACUACCGGGUGGAUCGUGGUCGAGUGCUUCCAGUACUGCAAGGUUAGCGUAG